AUGCAAUCUGUGCACGUGUCUUCUCAACCCUCAACUCCUCCAACGCUUAGCGUUCCGAAAUCUCAACUUUCAGGAGAUGAAACGAAUGAAGCAGCGACUGAAAAUUCUUUAGAAUGGUAUCAAAAAGCGGACACUCUUGAAAAUUGGCUUCAGAAACAAAUGUUGUUGAAAUUAUUGAAACAAUUUCAACCAAAUAAUUACACUGCAAGGCUCGAACUGUCCUUUGAUAAUACAUUCACUUCGGAACAUGGUGUAACGUUGAAUGAUCUUUUGAACAAUGCAAAUUUAGAAUAUUGCAAGCAGUUUUCGAGAUCACUCAUAUCAGACACGUCUGGCAUAAUGACUUGGAAUCACAAAUGGAACGAAAGAAUUACUUUGUAUUCAGGAAAUGUGACACAUUUAUCUUUCAAACAUACCCCAAAUAGACAAGUGAGCUUAGUGAAUGCUUCAAAUGAAUCAUUGGUUAUUGGUGGAGGUCUGAAUGGAACUAUUUAUGAGGCAUGUGGUAUAGAUGAAAUGACUCGAGCUGUUUCUCAUACUGACACUUGGAUUUAUCACUCACACUCACAACUUGACCCAAAAUGCCCGGUUGGCGAAAUCGUAGUGACAGAUUCAUUCAAACUGGCACAAACUAAUGGUAUUGAUUAUAUUAUUCACACAACAGGACCAAGAGGAAGAGAUUGUGACUAUGAUGAAGAAACAAAGAGAGAUUUACUUGCUAAUUGCUACCGAAAUAGUCUUUCGUUUCACUUUAAGCAAUUACCAAAGAAAUAUCAAGCUGAGGAUUUGUCACAGAUUUAUUCAGCAAUUAUUUUUCCUUGUAUUUCUACAGGAAAAUUUCACAUGAAUCAAAUAGAAGCUUGUAACGUUGCUUGUGCAACAGUUAGAGAUUUCCUGUUAGAGGAGAAUAGUGAUAAGGAAUCUCCGUUACAUCAACUUAACUGGAGAAUAAUUUUUUGUACAUUUAGAUGCAGUGAGCAAGCAUUAUAUGAAACAUUCAUGGAUUUCUAUUUUCCAUAA